AUGUUUCAAAAGAACUUUAUUCUCCGAACAUUUAGACUGAACCCCCAGGCAUCCAUGCGUGGAAAAGGUAUUGCAUUUUUAAGACAAGCCCGUUAUUACAGGAACCGACCACGGUAUGUCUACUUCAAUGACAGUCGCCAAUACAAUCAGAGCUCAUGGUGGAGUCGAUUUUUCGCUUACGCCAGGGAAAACCCUAGAGUUACAUAUGGCACUGUUGGUGUGUUCACCCUAUUUUUAGUAACGCAUAUUGAUGAAGCUCCUGUAACACACCGGUAUCGUCUUAUGAUGACAGCAGAAUGGGUGGAAAAUUAUUUCACCCAACAGAGUUUCCGCCAAGUAAUGGCUGAAUACGGUAACUACAUCCUGCCUAGUUACCAUCCGAUUUCCAAACAGGUGUCGUCUAUUAUGGUCCGUCUUAUUGCAGCUGCACAUGACUACAAAGACCCCACCACUGGUGAACGAGUUAACUUGUUCACAGUUCUUGGCAAGAGUGAUAUCCCACUAGACAAAUGGGAAUUCUAUGUCAUUGACGAUGUGCGCAUGGGACGUCCAAGCCCUAAUGCAUUUGUCAUUGGUGGUGGUAAAGUGUUCCUUUUCAAGUCUUUGCUCCCCAUUUGUGAAGAUACAAAUGGUCUGGCAACGGUUCUUAGUCACGAGCUUGGGCAUUUACUAGCAGAUCAUCUGGGCGAAAGACUUUCGCUGUCUCCAUUACUCUUCACUUUAAACAUAAUUAUGUUUUCGAUCUUUGGCAGCAGUAGACCAGGGGACAUUCUGGUUAACAUGCUCCUCAACAGGUCUUUCUCCAGGGAGAUGGAAACUGAAGCAGACUACAUUGGACUUAUGGUGAUGUCCAGAGCUUGCUUUGAUCCAACAGGUGCGCCAAAACUCUGGAGAAACAUGCUUCAGUUUGAGCAACAACAAGGUGGAUCAGUCCCGGAGUUGGUUUCUACACAUCCCUCCUCAGAGAGACGGUUAGAAAAUAUAAAUGGAUGGAUGAGCAAGGCAAAGGGAAUCUACGAAGAAAACGGUUGCUACAAGGAUCUCAGGAGUUUCUGGUACAGAUGA